AUGGAAGGCGAUAUGAUACAAAAUGAAAAACAACUGGAAAGAUACUUACAGGAUUUUAAAUUAGAAUUAUAUAAAGAUAUCUACAAAAUUGCGAAUGCUAGCAUUCUUUUGUGAUUUUCAAAGACAUCCUGGAGUAUUAACACAACCAAAAGAGAUACUUCUAAUCUAUUUGUGAGAAAGAUUAAGCCGAUUGGCAUCAAGCACGUAUUCAAUAUGUUUAUUAAUCAACAAACAAAUUUAAAGCACUUUAAUAUUAUUUUGAAGAGUUCUAUCAUUAGAAAAAUAGAAAGACUUGAAGUAACAGCUAAUUUUAAUCGCAAACUGCAGGCUCCUUCUUAUAUUAGGUUGAUUAUUAACCUUCUUCCAAAAGUAACUAAAGUUUUGUGUCUUAAAAACUGACAGAUCAGUGCUAGCCAAUUUCGGAAGAUAAUUCUAGCAGGGCGACACAUUGAAACCCUCGAAUUCAGAUUAUACAAUUUCCUACCAGGAAAUUUUGAUUACCAAAACUCCCUCAUUACUCAAUCGAAUCCAUAACUCUCCUAUUUUACCAAACAAACACCUCCCAAACCUCAGAAGAAAUCACUGAAGUUGCCAAAUCUUUUAUUCACGAAGCCUCUUUCACAGAUCUGAAAUACUCUUUAAAACAAUUAAUCUUCAGCAUUCCUGAAGUUGCCAAACAAAUUCAAAAAUUUGCAGAAAGCUUAGACUUUUCCCGCCUGCGAGUAAAAACAAUGUAUACUUAACUGA